AUGGGCAUCAACGGAUAUUUAGUGCUGGUUGCAGCGCUCUGCUGCACGGGCCUUGCCCUGGGCGCUCAGAUCAAGGAUCCCACCAAGCAUAUGUCCCCUCAGCAGCGCGUUGUGCGGUCCAUCCCUAAGCUCGAGGACGGAGAAGCUCCGUUUGUGGCCGUUACGCGGUCUGGCAGGCUUGUAGAGCGUCCCAUUGGGGAGCUGCCCGGGUACACGCCGCCCACGCCCCGCUGCGGCGCAAACGGCGUCCCGAUCGUGGACCCUCCUAAGCGCGUGGCUGGAUACUUUAAGCUUAACCGCACGGCUGACGCCCACAUGUUCUACUUCUAUUACCAGAGCCGCUCCCGCAGCCGCGAGGACGACCCCGUGAUCCUCUGGAUGACUGGUGCGCGUGGCGGUUGA